GUAAAGUGGCAGGAUCCCUAUCGCUUCAAACUAAUCAAUGAAAUGACAAAUCGCACACAGGCUGUUUCAUCUUAUGAGCUGUACAGUGAGCCUGGCUUUCAAAUCCCCUACUCUCUCACAAUCGUAGAUACACCUGGAUUUGGGGAUACAAAAGGAAUCACACAUGAUAAACUGAUCACAAAGCAGCUCAAAAGCUUUCUUUGUAGCCCGUUGGGAAUUGAUCACAUUGAUGCAGUUUGCCUAGUUGUCCAGGCUUCUCUUGUCCGCCUGAGUGCCAACCAGAAGUAUGUAUUUGAUUCAGUCUUGUCAAUUUUUGGAAAAGACAUUGCAGAGAACAUAAUUUUUUUGGUGACAUUUGCAGAUGGUAAACACGUCCCAGCUCUAGAAGCCAUCAAAGCAGCAGAUCUGCCCUGUCAAAAGAAUAAAAAGGGACAUCCCACCCAUUUCAAGUUCAACAACACAGCUGUGUAUGCAGACAAAAGUGUAGAAAAACACACAGCCGUUGACAGUGAUUCAGAUGACGAUGAAGACGAUGAUCAGAAACUGAAUGAGAUUGUGUGGGCAUCAACCUUCAAACAGAUGAAGGCUUUUUUCAAGACACUGGGGACCAUUGAAAGUAAAGAUCUGACGCUGACUAUAAAGGUCUUGGAGGAACGAGAGCGCCUUGAGAAAGCCAUGACAACUCUGACCCCUCAAAUAACUGCUGGUCUCUCUAAAAUGAGUGAGAUAAAAAGAUUUAAGCAAUGUUUAGAAAAUCAGAAUGACAAGAUGGAUCAAAAUGAGAAUUUUGAACAAGAGAUAGCGGUGAUGAAAGCAAACAGAACCCCUGCAAAUUAUUUGAGCAUGAAUUGCAACACCUGCUUCUUCACAUGUCACUGCUUCCUCCCAGCAGAAGAUCCUGUGCAGACUUGUGCUGUGAUGGAGAAUGACCACUGCAUUAUCUGCCCUGGAAACUGCCAUUACUCUUUUCAUUCAAGAGAAAAUUUCCUGUGGAUAUAUGAAACAAAAGUAGAGACAAAAACCAUUAAAGAGUUGAAAGAAAACUUCAUGGCGGCUAAAGGACAGUUCAUGGACACAAAGCAAAUGCUUGAAGCACUUGAAAAGGAUCUCCGUGGAAUUAAGGAAAAACUAAUGAAGUUGAUCAAAUUGUCCACUGAUUGCCUAAAAAAACUAGAAGAAAUUGCAUUGAAGCCAAAAUCUCUUUCCACAGCAGAAUACCUUGAAAUCCUGAUCAAAACAGAGAAGGAAGAGAAACGCCCUGGAUUUGAAGACCGCAUUGUUGAACUCGAGAAUAUUAAAAAAGAAGCUCUUCUAGAG